UAGAGGCGGAUAGACAUCACAGGUUGCCGACAGCGGUGACGUCAAACAUCACCCAUUCACGGCUUGACGUCACCGCCGACUGCGCUAACGAUUGGAGGAUUCUAGAGCGCGUCUUUGUGUAGAAGGACCCCACUUCCGCAACUCUACAGACUUCGGUUUAUUGCGCUAAUCCAUCGCUGUAUAACACGCCAUUUCUUAAGGAGUGCACAAACUGCGUCGUUUCUCAAAAAUAAGCGAAAGACAAUAAAUGCAUACAUUUAUCUUCCAUAUAAAUCCAGCAUUUCCUAAUACUCAUAAUUCCCAACGCAAUCUGGAUUUAUUGAGGGUUCACCUUGGUUUAUAUGACGGAUUCACAUUGAUUUCCUCAACCCAUUCUUCUCUAUCUCAAUGCAUGAUAAAUCUAGCCCACGGCGGACACGAGCGUCGUCGUGAUGUCAGUGGAUUUUAGGUGCCCCCUCAGGAUGCCUGAGUAGUUGCGCUCGCUGCCAAUGAGCGUCUCCAGUGUGAAUGUCCUUCAUUUCUCUGUCUGGCUAGAGAACUUGCCACCACGGAUCCUAAUCUGGAUUUAAAUAGGAAAGAAAAGCACCUCUCCGGUUCGCCGCUGCCCCUCAAUCGCCUGACAUUCUGGAGCGUCUAAAACAACUUUAACUGAGCGCGACAUGGAGUGCCGAGUGCUGUCGAUUCAGAGUCAUGUCGUGAGAGGAUACGUGGGAAAUAAAUCCGCAUCCUUUCCGUUACAGGUCUUGGGGUUUGAGGUGGACUCGAUCAACUCUGUUCAGUUCUCCAACCACACAGGGUACUCUCACUGGAAGGGACAGGUCUUGACUGCAGAUGAGCUUCAUGUCCUGUAUGAAGGGAUCAAACUCAACAACGUCAACCACUACGACUAUGUACUUACAGGUUACACUAGAGAUACAUCGUUUCUGGAGAUGGUGGUUGACAUUGUUCAAGAGCUGAAGAGGGCCAAUCCUAACCUUGUAUAUGUUUGUGACCCUGUCUUAGGUGACCAUGGUUCAAUGUAUGUUCCUCAGAAUCUCCAUCCCGUGUACAAGAAUAAAGUGGUGCCUGUGGCCGAUAUCAUCACGCCCAACCAGUUUGAGGCUGAGUUGUUGACAGGGAAGAAUAUCAGCACGGAGAAAGAUGCUGUGGAGGUGAUGGACCUGCUGCAUAAGAUGGGUCCAGACACCGUGGUCAUCACCAGCUCUGAUCUGCCCCCUCGUCUCGGAGACAGAUUCCUGGUGUCUUUUGGCAGUCAGCGCAUUUUGAUGCCUGAUGGUACAAGGACGACCCAGCGGAUCCGAAUAGAGGUGCCGAAGGUGGAUGCGGUGUUUGUGGGGACCGGUGAUCUGUUUGCUGCUAUGCUGUUGGCCUGGACUCACCAUUACCCAACAGACCUGAAGACGGCAUGCGAGAAGACCUUCUCUGUUAUGCACCAUGUCAUUCAGAGGACUAUAUCUUAUGCCCAUGAGAUGGCAGGUCCUGGUAGAAGACCCAGCCCGGCCCAGCUGGAGUUACGGAUGGUCCAGAGUAAAGCUGACAUAGAGGAUCCAGCCAUAGUGAUGGAGGCCACUGUUCUAUAGAGCCGCCACACGCCACAUCUCAUCCACACAUCUCACCCUCCGCUCACAACUGCACAAUGUAUAGAUGUUGUACAUUUUGAUAUGUAAUGUGACAUUGCCUUAGAAUCUCAGCCAGAGCUCAACAGUUCCAUCUCAAGAGAUUCAGCAGGGUACAGCCAAACAAGCGAGAGGGAGAGAGCCAUCGCGCUCCGAGAGAGUGUAAUGCAGAGAAAAGAGAAGGGACGAGGAGAGUGGGAGAGAUGAUCAGCCUCUCUCAUUCACACGAUUUUGUACAUCUUCACCAUCUCUGUCUCUCUCUUUCUCUCGAAGCUCCUCAAGAACUCCGGUUCGUCCUGCACACAAAAGCCCAGUCACUGACAUUUCCAGACCAGGUCAGUUAUGUAACUAAACUGCCAUUGAUCUAGUGAGGACCAAAAUUUAAAAAAUAAAAUAAACAUUACAUUAAUAUAGGUGUGAUACUUUCUAUGCUCUGUGAUUUUGAGUCAUAGCAGUUCAGCAACAAACACAGAAAACAAAACCUAGAUGGCUGAGUCUCACAAAAACUGUCAAGAAAUGCCCGAGUCAUAUUUCGGCCUGAAUCAAAAGAUCAAAAUAAGAUUUUUAUUGCAUAAAGGAAAAAGAAGGAUAUUUAUUAGGACCAUUAAGAUUUUUUUUUUUUUAUUGCAUUCUUU